GGAGGAGGACCGCUUCAGCCUGGAAGCGCUCCGCACCAUCCACAAGCAGAUGGAUGACGACAAGGACGGCGGCAUUGAAGUAGAUGAAAGUGAUGAGUUUUUAAGGGAAGAUAUGCAAUAUAAGGAUGCCUCUAAUAAACACAGUCAUCUACACAGAGAAGAUAAACACAUCACCAUUGAGGAUCUGUGGAAACGCUGGAAAACCUCUGAAGUUCAUAACUGGACGCAAGAGGAGACUCUUCAGUGGCUGUCAGAAUUUGUUGAAUUGCCCCAAUAUGAAAAGAAUUUUAGAGACAGCAAUGUGAAAGGAACAACACUUCCCAGGAUAGCAGUAAACGAGCAUGCUUUCAUGAUCUCACACCUGAAAAUAAUUGACCGGAGCCACAGGCAGAAGCUUCAGCUGAAAGCCUUGGAUGUUGUUCUGUUUGGACCACUCACACGUCCCCCUCACAACUGGAUGAAGGAUUUUGUAUUAACGGUUUCUAUAGUGAUUGGGUUUGGUGGCUGCUGGUUUGCAUACACUCAGAACAGAACCUCAAGAGAACAUAUCACAAAAAUGAUGAAGGACUUGGAAAGUCUCCAAACAGCAGAGCAAAGUCUUCUUGACUUACAGGAAAGGCUUGAAAAGGCACAAGAAGAAAACAGAAAUGUUGCUGUAGAAAAGCAAAAUCUGGAGCGCAAAAUGAUGGAUGAAAUCAAUGACGCAAAACGGGAAGCUCAUCGACUAAGAGAGCUGAGGGAAGGAGCUGAAUGUGAGCUGAGCAGGCUCAAAUAUGCAGAGGAGGAGCUAGUACAGGUUCGAAUGGCUUUAAAAAAAGCUGAGAAGGAGUUCGAGCUGAGAAGCAACUGGUCUGUUCCUGAAGCUUUGCAGAAGUGGCUGCAGUUAACUCAUGAAGUUGAAGUACAAUAUUACAAUAUCAAAAGACAACAUGCAGAAAUGCAAUUAGCAAUUGCCAAAGAUGAGGCAGAAAAGAUAAAAAAGAAGCGAAGCACUGUAUUUGGAACACUGCAUGUUGCACACAGCUCCUCUCUGGAUGAUGUGGACCAUAAAAUACUUGAAGCAAAAAAGGCUCUGUCUGAGCUGACGACGUGUUUGCGAGAGCGCCUUUAUCGAUGGCAACAGAUUGAGAAGAUUUGUGGCUUUCAAAUAGCACACAAUUCUGGGCUGCCGAGCUUGACAUCCUCGCUGUACUCUGAACACAGCUGGGUGGUGAUGCCUCGCGUUUCCAUUCCUCCUUACCCGAUUGCAGGGGGAGUUGAUGACUUAGAUGAAGAUACUCCUCCAAUAGUUUCCCAGUUUCAUGGGUCCAUUGUGAAACCUGCUGGCACGCUGGCGAGGAGCAGCAGCCUGUGCCGCUCCAGGCGCAGUGUGGUGCCGUCGUCUCCCCAGUCUCAACAGGCUUUGCACUCCCCUGACCCCGACAUCCUGUCUGUGUCCAGCUGCCCUGCUCUUUAUCGAACUGAAGAGGAGGAAGAAGCCAUUUACUUCUCUGCUGACAAGCAAUGGAUCAAAAGCAAUGUCAGCUACUGGGCGAAGAGAAGAUGGAUGGUAACACAAUUCUUACAGCAUGUUGAGCGUGUACCUACUCUUGUUACAUGGCCUCAUAGGAAAAGGUUAAAUUCCUUUUGGAAGGAGCAAAUGAGCUUGUUGAAAGGGAAGUCCCGGAAACAGGUUCAGAGUGCGACUCCUUCAGUUCAUCCAUUGGAAGGAAGCAGUCUCCUCCAUCAAGUCUUGAGAUGUACCAGGCACUCUCUCCUCAGAAGGCAUCCCGGGAAGAACUCUCACUGGAGGAGUCAUCUACGGGAGACUCCUCUUCUCUAACUGCAGAUAUUUCCAGGGGCUCUCCUGACUGCGUAGGCAUGGCAGAAACAAAGAGCAUGAUCUUUAGCCCUGCGAGCAAAGUGUAUAACGGAAUACUUGAGAAGUCCUGCAGCAUGAACCAGCUUUCCGGCGGGAUGGCGCUCCCGAAGCCUCGCCACACCUCGUGUUCCUCAGCCAGCAGCGACAGUAAACCCAACCAGGAAGCCUCUCCUUUCCCUAGGAUAAGUAGUAUCCCAAAGGACCUAUACCAAAAUGGUGAAAAAAACAAAAAGCCAUCAAAAAUAAAAAGCCUCUUUAAGAAGAAAUGUAAGUGAGAUGGACAGAAAAAAAUCUACAGUAAUGUUAUAAAAACUCUAUUUUUUAAAAAUCUUUCGAAUGUAAUUCCAUUCGAGCAUUCCAGACUGAAUGCCCUAAUGGAAUGCUCUGUAGGUCAGCUCUAUUUAACUGACUCUACUGUCAAAGAUCAUGCCAGCUGUCAAGGACAAAUCAUUAAAAGGUUCAGACAGUUUACAGUCAUUUCUGCCUAUUUAUUUCUGGGGGUUUAGUUUAUUCAUAAACUUUUUUUUUUAAGCCACUUUGGACUUCUAAGCUUUAAUGGACUAGUAAGCCUGUCUGGGCUUGCCAAAGUUUCUUGUUUACCAGAACAUCUUCUUAUCUUUCCAUAGAGCUAGGACAUUUAUCUACUGGACUUUAAGAAAAUAAAAAGUAGAACUAAUUGAAUUGCACUACUGUUUUCCAGACUGGAAAAGUCUCUCUGCAACUGAAACCGAAAGACUUACAAGUGACUGAGAAGAUGGAUCUUUUCACUUUUAGAUCUUUUGGCAUUUUUAAGUAGAUCCUAGGAUUUCUAAUAGACUCGAUUUCUGGAAAUGGAAAUGCCACGCUUUUAUUAUGGGAAGCUUUGUUAGAUGCAUUUAUUAUUAGAAUGGGUCAAGUCCUGCUGUAAAGAUCAUGUUUUUCCCAGGACUUUCACUGUGAUUUUACUUCACUGCAGGCUGUAUGAUAAAAUAUAUAGAUAAUUUAACAAGAGGAGAGGCUCUUGUUCCUUAUGCAAGUGAUGGAUAUGAAACUUGACUGAGGACUGAAAAUAUUCACCCUCUUAGAUGAGGAGGGGGAAUAGUAGCUUUUGUUUACAGACUGACAGACAAUGGACACAUGGUUGUAAAAGUUUGUACUGUGGUAAAGAUAAUAAAUUGGAAACAUUAUUGUGCUUGGGAA